AGGAAGUCGUCCACUGGGUAGCGCUGUAAACUUAAGACAUUUGUAGAAAAAUUGACCAUUCACGCUACAGUUUAAUGUCAACGAUAAUGGCCGCUGUCACAGGAACGGAGAGUGUCUCGUAUCAAAAUACGGGAGUAGUAAUAGCUGUCAUAUCAAGUUUCAUCAAUGGGUCGACAUUUGUGCUUCAGAAAAAGGGAAUAUUGCGCUCUCGUGACAGAGGAGGGACAUACCUCACGGACGUUGUGUGGUGGAGCGGCACACUAUGCAUGAUUAUUGGUCAGAUUGGGAACUUCCUUGCAUACAAUGUGGCCCCUGCUGUAAUAGUUACACCACUGGGAGCUCUUGGAGUACUAUUCGGGGCUGUGCUGGCGUCCUGGAUAUUGGAGGAGCAUUUAAACAUCCUGGGGAAGCUGGGUUGUGUAUUAUGCUGUUGUGGUUCUGUUGUGCUCAUCAUCCAUGCCCCUAAAGCAGAGGCGACUUCAAGACUGGAGCUAGAGGAUAGGCUCUCCGACCCAGGUGUGUUUGCAAUCUAUCUCCUUCUGGUGGUCCUGCUGCUGAUCACUCUAAUUGUGUGGAUUGCUCCUGCUCAUGGGAAAUCAAACAUACUGGUGUAUGUUGCCAUAUGUUCCCUUUUGGGAAACUUCACUGUGCCGUGCAGCAAAGGACUGGGCCUGGUGGCCCCAGACGCCUUCAGCGAGGGGCCGGCAAGCGGCAGAGCCCUAGCCCUCUUCCUGGGCCUGCUGGGGACGCUGGCUGCCAGCGUCCUGAUACAGUUUUUCUACAUCAACAAGGCCUUGGAGUGUUUCAGCUCCAACGUAUUCGAAGCAAUUUACUACGUGGCGUUCACAUCCACCGUGAUUUUCGCCUCCGCUCUUCUCUUCAAGGAGUGGACCUCACUCGUGUUAACCGACAGCCUCGCGAUGCUCUGCGGUUUAGCCACGGUGUGCGUCGGGGUUGUUUUACUGCGCCUUUCCCAGGAUGCUUUGAUUACCUGGAAGAAGAGCGAAGCGCGGGGAAAGAUGGACUAACCAUGACUUAUCCCCACAGGCUUCCUGUUCGCUCUUUAUUGUACGACCAUCCUGUUCAAGGGACCAAAAGUAAUUUAUUUAAUUCCAAAAUAAAUGCACGCACACAAUACAGUUAUUUAUUUACAUGUUGAUUUAGUGUUUAAAUUUUGUCAUAACAGUAAUACUCCUGACACUACAGAAACCAUACGUAAAGCUCAGCCAAGAAAUCUUUUUCUUGUUUCUUGCACAAAAAAAGGGGUUAAAACUAACAGCGUUUUAUUGAUACUUCCAUCUGUCCGAAAACCUUUUAUAGUCCUGCUACUUAUUUUUUCAUUCUCUAUUUGUCCAACUUUCUCAUUCCUCACAGACACAUUGCACACUGUGGAGAGAUAUGAAAUUUAAUGGGGGAAAACAAUCAUUCCAAAGAGAAAUUAUACCAUUUCUGUAUCUGUGAAGAUUCUCAUUCAUCUGGGUCAUGGUCCAGCUUGAAAAGUUCAGUUUAGGCAACUGGAUGUGAAGUUUUCUAGAAAAGCUUAUCAUUUCUGUGUUUUUUCAACAUCAGUCUAAACUCUGAUUGUGUUUGAACUGAAAUUAUUUGUAUAAUUUUGUAUUACAUUAAAGGCAAAGAAGCCUCUGACUGAA